AUUCUGAACAAUGUGGUCUCAGAGGCCAUCCAACUGAGGUAUACUGCGGAAGAUGGCCAGCGCCUCGGCAUGCAUCGAGACGCCUUUACGAACCGCCUCCAGGAAGUGUCAUACGGGCCAGAUGAGGACGAAAACAACGAAACCCAGCAGGCGGCGGAAGAGGACGCCACAACGGCCGAGAUGGAAGAUGACGGCUUCGAGGACUUGGAGGACUUGGAGCAGCGGGCAAGCGUGGAUGGCGACAAGGAGGGCGCAGAGCCUCCCGCCUCGGGGCCGCCGACAGCUAGAGCGGAGCGCGUCCUACAGGAGUAUGCAGAGGCGACGGGCUUUGAGUGCGACGAAACGACUGGAGGCUGGUGCCGCGUAAUACUCGAGUUUGAGGCGGCCAUGCCAGCCCAUUCACCAAGAUGAGCUUCGAGACGACGCUGGGCUUUCUGAAGGACGCGGUGCUAGAUGGAGACUGGG